AUUUCAAUCUUCAGUUUUUCAGGUGUCACUAAUGGUCUUCCGACAGACAUUCUUUGGCAGUUCGCUAAAAGGUUUUCAAUUGGUCUUCCAGAGUACCGUCUACUGCCCACAGAUGUGGAGUUGGGCGAUGAUUUGUGCAAAUCAGCUCCAAAAAAGCUCUUUUACGAUUGCGUUUUCUUUAUACUCUAUUUUUUGGGUAUUCAACUUACUUUGAUUCCAAUGGGCUUUUUACAAGAAAGGUUAAUGACACAGGAAUAUAUAAGCUUUGAAGAUCAGAACAAAGUUGGAAGAUUUACUGAAGCGCAAUUUUUGGUGCUGAUGAAUCGCGUUUUUGCAUUAGUUCUUAGUAUAGUUGUUCUGCACGCUAAUUGGAAAAGGGAACCGAUACAUGUGCCGCCGUUAUACAAACAUGGAUAUACUUCUUUUUCCAACACCUUAUCUUCCUGGUGCCAAUAUGAAGCACUGAAGUAUGUAUCUUUCCCAACACAGACAGUUUGUAAAGCGUCUAAAAUCUUGCCUACGAUGGUAAUGGGAUUUAUAGUUCGUGGAGAACGCUACAGUCUUGCGCAGUGUAUUUCUGCUAUUUUUUUGGCAAUAGGGGCUUCGUUAUUUUUUCUAGAAAACAAACGGAACGCUGUUACUGAAGAUCGUAUGACUUCUUGCUCUGGAGUAAUUUUAAUGAUUGGUUAUCUUUUGUUUGACGGUUUUACUUUGAAUUGGCAGAAGAAGUUGUUUGAUACGCGGCCAAGGGUUUCCAAGUAUCAGAUGAUGUUUGGUGUGAACGCGUUUAGUUUGGUGCUCUGUCUCGUUUCGCUUGCUGAGGAGGGCAAACUUGUGUCUUCAUUUGAUUUUGUAAUGAAAUUUGAAGACGUCGCUCGUGAUGUUUUUUUACUGUCGCUUUGUGGAGCUUUUGGGCAGGUUGUGAUAUAUAUGACUUUGGAAAGAUUUGGCCCAGUAGUUUUCGCCGUUAUAAUGACGCUUCGACAAAUUUUUUCCAUUGCCAAUUCAAUGUACAUUUAUAGUCAUCCUGCAACACCACUCGGAAUUUUUGGACUUUUCGUUGUAUUUAUUGCUAUAUUUUUCAACUUGUACAGGCAGUAUUCGCGUCCCACAUAUCGUCAGCGGUAG